AUGAAAAACGACUCCCAAUGGCGCGGUCUGAAGAUCGCAGAAGACCGCGACCAAGCAGACCGCGACACCGUGAUCCAAGUCCUCCAAGGAAUCAACAACGACCUCAGCGUCGACGGCCUGAAUCUGCGAAAGCGCGAGGCCCGCGAAGACGCCAACAACGCCAUCCACGAGGAGAUCGACAAGAUGCCCGCCGGCAUCCCGCGUCUCCACCGGCCCAGCGCCGUGAAGAACUUGUACGAGAUCUUCAGAGACCAGCGAUCCACUUGGCCGGUGGCUAAGCGGGGGGAUUUGUUGUCUACGGAUGGGUCUGAGGAUGGAUAUGAGGUUAGGACAGGGAAGCGUAUAUUGAUCAGUCCAGCCCCAGCUCCUACUGCUGUCCAGCUUCCCCGUCAUCGUGAUAGGAGUGGUCACUCUGUGACGCGUCCCGCCGUAAUUCGCAGGAGAGGUUAUAGGUACCCUCGUAACGGAAGAGAUGUCAUUUUGGAGGAGGGAGACAAGCAGCAGGAGCAGGAGGAGGAGAAAGAAGUUGAGGAGCAAGAAGAGGAAGAGGGAGAUCAAGAGGAAGAGGAAGAGCAAGAGGAAGAGGAAGAGCAAGAAGAGGAACAAGAUGAAGAGGACGAGGAAGUCGAGGAAGUGGAGGAAGGGGAGGAGGAUCAAGAGGAUCAGGAACAUGAUAUCGAGAGCAACGAGAACAAUUCUGGUAGCGAUAUCGAGGAGGAGACCAACACUAGCGAGAAGCGUGCUCGUGAUGAGGACGAAGAGGAUGACGAGCAUCAGUCUCCUCAGAAACGAUCGAAGCGUUAA